AUGCCUGGUCUUCUGCAAGAGCCUCAAUUCAAACACUUCACAAUCAAAGAAAUCGGUCUAACUUUCACUGCCGAAGUCGAGGGCGUAGAUUUAUCACAAGAUAUUCCUCAAGAAGUCUUUGAUGACAUUCUCAAAGCAAUCGCGAAAUAUGGCGUCCUAGUAUUCAGAGACACAGGUCUUGAUGAUACCCGGCACGUUGAAUUCUCGAAGCGCUUCGGAGAGCUCGAUGAUAUUAAGCCGUACUUAACCAAUGGACGAAAAGCAAGGUUCCCAUAUUACGAACUAUUCGACGCCGGGAAUCUGGAUGAUGAGGGGAAUCCAAUUGCUCUCGACAGCCAACGCUCACACUACAAUAAAGGAAAUGGUCUCUGGCACGUAGACUCCAGCUUCAACCCCCGCCGGGCAUCCUACUCUAUCCUCCUCGCGCACAUAAUCCCACCUCCUGGCACGGGCGGAGAAACAGGCUUCGCAGACACACGCACUGCAUUUGACGAGCUCCCUGCCGAUUUAAAAGCAGAGCUGCUCUCCAACGACUACGUAGCAGCGCAUUCACUCUUCCACUCACGCAAACUCGGAUCCCCGGAAUUCUUCGCCCACGUCAAUCCUAUGGAGCAUAAAAUGGCUCGGCACAAGCUUGUCCAACGGCAUGAACCAAGUGGCAGGAUGAACCUUUAUGUGGCGAGGCAUGCGCAUCAUAUUGAGGGGUUGGAGAAAAGGGACUCGGAUGAGUUGUUGGAUAGAUUGAUAGCCCAUGCGACGCAGGAGAAGUAUACGGUUGAGGUGCCGUGGAAUGGAGUGGGAGAUUUGGUGAUGUGGGAUAAUCGCUGCGUGAUGCAUAGGGCAACUGGUGGGAGCUUUGAGGGCAGGUACAGGAGAGAUAUGAGGAGGACGACAGUACAUGAUGGGAGCAGCACUGCUUGGGGACUGAAUGAAAAAGGGGACGUAAAGCUGGGGUUUCCGCAGACUUUUUAG